GCAGAAAGGGCUCAGGCCCCGCCUCCAGUCCGGGGACUGGAGUUCGGGCUCCCCGCGCCUCCUUCCGGGGUUUCCCUGUCACGUGGGAAGGGAGCGGCUGUUGCGGCGUAGGGGCCCGGGGGAGAUAUGCCCAGUAGGAAGAGGAAACGAGCUUGGGAUGCUGAAUGUACGUCUUUUCCGGAUGAGACACCUCUAGCGUUGAGAAAAGCAAAUGUUGGGACAGCAGUGGCUACUUCUUCCAUUUCCAGCGCAUGGCUUAAAUGUGGCGAUGGAUUUCAGAGCACUUCCAUGCUUGAGACGUCAGAAUCUUCUGAAAAGAAGUCUAGAGCUGAUAAGCAUCCUGGGCCACUGCUUACCUCUGCUGAAGGCACACUAGGAGUUUCUACUGCUGAGAACCCAGAGGAGUUUGCGGACAUAGUAUGGAGCUCUAGUGGAAGCGACUUGUCAGAUGAUGAGAAUAAAAUAUUGAUUUCAAGGUUGUAUAACCAAAAGAGUCAUGAUUCCAAAGCACAGAAAUCUUACAGCAAAAAUAACUUAUUGUCAGAGGACAGGAGUAGUGAAGGUGAACCACAGUUCAUUGACUGGGAGAAGGACAGUGAUCCUGGGGAUGGUGGUGAUGAAUGCAAUGGAUCAGGAAAAGAUGACAGUGCAUUGGACAUAUCAGACUCUGAUUCCUGUGCAAGCAGUAAUUCUCUGCCUGUUGAAGAGAAGGAAGGUGAACUUCCUAAGACAGUUUCGACAGAAAUUUCUGAAUAUUCAUCUGAGAGUGAAAACCUGGAAGAAGGCCAGGUGGACACAGAGUCUUCUAAUUUUGGAUUUAGCAAAAAGCUACAAUCAAGUUCUGAAGCAGAUCUGGCACAGGCUACAGGCAGAUCUGCAAGUGACUGGCUAAAAUCUGCACAGGCCCUUCUGCAGACACCUAAGAAACAAUCAGAGAAGACUUCAAGGACUCCAGAAGAUUCUGCAAAGAAAAGGAAAUUGCUGAGGGGAGGGCUAGCAGAGAGGUUAAAUCGGUUGCAGAACAGAGAGAGGUCUGCCAUUAGCUUUUGGAAACAUCAAUGUGUUUCAGAGUAUAAAACCUCUUCAGGAGGCAAAUCCGGUGUAUUAAUUGUGAAGAUCUUAGAGGUACAAGAGGAAUGCGCUAUGCAAGUUGCUCUCUGCCAGCAGUUGGGACAGCUGUCUGCUGACAGCUCCUCUGAAGAGGUUGUCGUUGAUACGGAGCCCAGAGUCAAAGUUCUCUUUACAAAGGAAACAGCAGCUCAACUCAAGGGAGGCCCACAGGAUAUUGUCCACAUCUAUCCUCCCUGGCAAAAGCUCCUUCUCCAUAAUGAAAAUGUCCCUGUUAUCAUGAAUACAUAUUUUAGUCAGAAGGUUCUUCUCAAAGAUCAUGCAGAAGUGAAAGAUAGGACACGUUGUCCAGAGAAGUUGCAUAUUAGAAGGAAUUGUGUAUCUUUGGCACAAAUAUUCAGAUUAAAUGAUCUCAGAGACAAUCUGCCCCAGGAAUCUGCAUUUAAUCAGGUUGCUUGUACCAAUAUGAUUACACCAAAGACUGUACAGACUAACAGCAACCCUGAGUCCAAACUACAUCCCUUUGCACUCAGUGCCCCGAAUGACUCUCUCCUAGAAGUGGUGGAAAGCCAGGGAGCAGCGGGGUGGAAGGAAGUGCAGGUACAAGUGGUUGUCCAAAGGGCAUAUUAUCUACCUGCAAGAGAGGGUUUCAGAUGUCAGCUUCAAGGAAAUAACCCAAUUCGUUAUGCAACACCAAUCUUAAAUUCAGAUCUUCCAAAUAUUAGAUUAUGCCUCCUUGUUCAGGAUGCCUAUGGAAUGUUCAGUGAAGUGCAGUUGCAGACCCCAUGUUCUUCAGAGGACAUUGAACAGCAUAGCCAGAGAUGGGAAGGAAAAUCCUGCACUUUAGCUGGAAUAAGAAUUUUGCAGAGAACCACAAGGGGAAGGGCAUUGGGACUUUUCAGUCUGAUAGACAGUUUGUGGCCUCCAUUAGUGCCUCUAAAAGUUCCUGGUCAAAGUCAAGACUGUGAAGCGAUUAAAACUAACCUUCCUCCUCCCAGCUUUUGUUACAUUCUUACGGCUCAGCCUGAUCCAAGACAUGUCAAUGUAGGUGAGGAAGGACAGAUUUCCAAUUUGUACCUGCCCCCAACUGUGCAUAGUCUAAAGGAAAUUCUUCAGGUUGGUGAUUUUAAUCAACGUUGUAGCUUUUGGGCACAAGUUAUAUAUCGAAGGCUGCAGGUAAAAUGUAGUGUUUUUGUGGGUCAAAGGGAGUUUUGGUUAUUUGUGACCGACUUCACACUGCAGAGCGGGGCUAAAGGCAACGGUGGAACUCCAAAGACUGUACCUGUAUAUUUUGCUUCAUCAUGUGUUCUCGAUAAGAAAGUAAUGGAGGCACUCACCAAUGCUUCCCACUGUGUUAUCUUCUUCAAGGAUGCUUUACGAGGAAAUGGUAGGAUUAUUUGUGUUGAACGUACCGUUCUCUCGUUACAAAAGCCCCUUUUGUACCCGGCUGCCGAGGCUGACUUUAGUGAGCUGACUAGCCCUGUCAAACUAGAUGAACUGGAUUCUACAACACAGGCCAAUUCCAUUUGUACCAUAAGAGGCACCGUCUCUGGAGUUAACGAGAGCACUGCCUUCUCUUGGCCCACAUGUAACAGAUGUGGCAAUGGAAAACUGGAGCAGCAUCCACAGGAUAGGGGAUCAUAUUACUGCAGCCUGUGCUCCCAAACGGUAAUUUUACCAGUUCUCAAAAUGCAACUGGAAGUCUUUCUGCACUGUCCAUCCCGACCUCAUUGUACAGUGAAAGUAAAGCUGUUACAAAAAACAAUUUCUUCUGUCCUGAUGUCAUCAUCCAGUGAGGAUGGGAGCGGAAUUAGUCAUGAAGUGACCCUGGUGGAAUGGAACCGUGCCAGGAAAAGGUUCUUAUCCAGCAGAGAGAAUGAUGGUCCGUCUGCUUUCAAGUUGAAACUGAUGCCAGGGAAAGGAAGUCAGUGUAGAAGCAGCCCUGAGUAGGGCUGAAAUGACUAAUAACAGUUGCAAAGAAGAGCCUACAGCUGCAGAGAAGUCAAAGGUGCUUGCUUUUCAUUUUUUAAAGUUAUUUUAUACUUGUUCACUGCUCCAUGAUAAUCACGCAUUAUUAAAAUGUCAAUGGGAAAUGUCUUCUUAAAUGAAUUCAUGUUAAUAACUAGUCAUAAUAUUUUGAAAGACAGUAAUUCACCCCCAUAUAAUACCUGCUGCAUUUUGUUUGGCACAGAAGUUACCUCUAAAAAACUGCUUUACAAUAGAGCCUCGUGCUCUUGGUGUGACUAAAGUCAGACUUUCCCGCCUUAAAUCUCCUCAUAAGCAAGUACUGGAAAACAAUAGACUCCAUUGUCCAGCUCAUUCACAGCAGAAAACGGUGGAGACGCCAGCAAUGCCUGCUUUCAGGUAUGGAUUCAACACUUUUGUUAAAUAGGAUUCUUAAAACAUGAAAACUUUGCAGUUUUAUUGUUUUGCAUUAAACAUCUUUAUAAUAUACAGUCACAACUUACUAAACAUCUCCUAUAACUGUUAAAACAGGCUGUUUUGUAGUCGUAACUGGUAUUAUAGCAACUGAUUGCUACUUUUAAAAAUGAGAGUUUUCUAUGUGUAUCAUUCAGUAGGCUGUAUGUGUUGACUUAUCUAAUCACCCAUUGUGUGGAUUAAACAAUACAGCAUGUAAA